AUGGACCCCCGCGACCCCAACAACCGCCUCUACCUCAACGUCGACAAGUCCCAGCAGCAGCGCUUCUCCCCCUCGGACCGCGCCUAUCCCACCACCCCUUCGACUUUCCCCCAGCUCGUGCCCCAGAACCUCAGCCAGCAGAUGGGCCAGCAGUCUGGCCAGAACUACAACAGCCAGUACCAGGGCCAGGGCCAGGGCAACUACUUUCCUCAGCAGUCCCAGUACUCGCAGUCGCAGUACCAGCAGCAAGCUCCCAACGACUAUCUUGCCGCCCAAAGUGCCUACCCGAGAUCCGGCACCCCCACCGAUCCCAAUGGCGGCCUUGCACACCAGUUCUCCCACCAGAACCUAGGUGGAGGUGCUGCCCGCGGAGGCCAGCAAGGCUAUGCUCCUCGUGGACCUGCCACUUCCCAGCGGCCUCGCACUUCAGGCUCGUCGGGCCAUCAGUCUGGCGGCAGCUACCAGCAGCACCCUCCGAUGCCCUCGUCCAGCCCGCGCCCGGCCGAGUUCCAGGCCGCCCCUGAACGGACACCGGAAAAGUACGGCACCAAUGCCAACAACAACCAGAAGAAGUGCUCGCAGCUUGCUGCCGACUUCUUCAAGGAUAGUGUCAAGCGGGCCCGUGAGCGCAAUCUGAGACAGAACGAGAUCGAACAGAAGCUCGCCGACCCCUCCCAGUCGAGUUCCAGGCGCGAGCAGCUAUGGCAGAAUGGAGGCAAGAAAGAGGCCCGAUAUUUGCGCUUCCUGAGAACAAAGGACAAGCCUGACAACUACACAACCAUCAAGAUCAUUGGCAAGGGUGCCUUCGGAGAGGUCAAGCUCGUCCAGAAGAAAUCGGAUGGCAUUGUCUAUGCCAUGAAGUCCCUGAUUAAGACGGAAAUGUUCAAGAAAGACCAGUUGGCCCACGUGCGUGCCGAACGAGAUAUCCUGGCCGAGUCGGACAGCCCAUGGGUGGUGAAGCUCUUCACGACAUUUCAGGACGCCAACUUCCUGUACAUGUUGAUGGAAUUCUUGCCCGGUGGUGAUUUGAUGACCAUGCUCAUCAAGUACGAGAUCUUUUCUGAGGACAUUACGAGAUUUUACAUCGCGGAGAUUGUGUUGGCUAUAGAAGCAGUGCACAAGUUGGGCUUCAUUCACCGCGACAUCAAACCUGACAAUAUUCUCUUGGAUCGGGGCGGCCACGUCAAGCUGACAGAUUUCGGCUUGUCCACCGGCUUCCACAAGCUCCACGAUAACAACUACUAUCAGCAGCUCCUCCAGGGCAAAUCAAACAGACCAAGAGAUCGCAACUCGAUUGCCAUCGACCAAAUCAACCUGACUGUCAGCAACCGAGCGCAAAUUAACGAUUGGAGAAAGUCUCGCCGAGUCAUGGCAUACUCGACAGUAGGCACACCAGACUACAUCGCGCCAGAGAUCUUCACUGGCCAUGGAUACAGCUUUGACUGUGAUUGGUGGUCAUUGGGAACGAUCAUGUUCGAGUGCUUGGUUGGCUGGCCUCCGUUCUGUGCCGAGGACAGCCACGAUACGUACAGAAAGAUUGUCAACUGGAGGCAGUCGCUUUACUUCCCCGACGACAUCACCCUUGGUGCGGAGGCUGAGCAUCUCAUUCGCAACCUGAUCUGCAACACGGAAGUACGACUUGGCCGUGGUGGUGCGCACGAGAUCAAGAGCCACGCGUUCUUCCGCGGAGUUGACUUUGACAGCCUGCGUCGCAUCCGUGCUCCUUUCGAGCCCAGAUUGACGUCUGCCAUUGAUACGACAUACUUCCCCACGGAUGAGAUUGACCAGACCGACAACGCUACUGUGCUGGCUGCGCAAAACCUUGCCGCUGGCCGGACGGACAACGACGAGGCGCCCGAGAUGAGUUUGCCAUUCAUUGGAUACACUUUCAAGCGGUUCGACAACAACUUCCGAUAA